AUGAAAUCCGCAAAAAAGCCCGCACCAUUUAGCGAUGAUCCGGAAGCAAUACUCGAAAGAGAAAGAAUAGAUUAUCACAAUUGUAGAAUAACUUUACAUCAGGCAAAAAGUAAUAAGGCUCCACGUAAGGUGAGGGUUUAUGCAGAUGGAAUUUACGAUUUAUUUCAUCAGGGGCAUGCAAGGCAGCUCAUGCAAGCGAAAGGAGUUUUCAAUAAUGCUUACCUAAUUGUAGGAGUAUGCAGUGACGCUCUUACACACAGUAAAAAAGGACGAACAGUAAUGACAGAUGCCGAAAGGUACGAAGCUGUCAGACAUUGCAGAUAUGUCGAUGAAGUCAUUAGAGAUGCUCCUUGGGAAUUAGAUGAAGAAUUUCUCAGCAGACACAAAAUUGAUUUUGUGGCUCACGAUGAUAUUCCCUAUAUAUCUGGAAAUAAUAUCGAUCUUUACGCUUGGUUAAAAGAAAAAGGAAUGUUUGUAGCCACCGAAAGAACAGAAGGAGUUUCUACGUCAGACAUUGUUGCAAGAAUCGUGAGAGAUUAUGAUAUUUACGUUAGAAGAAAUUUAGCUCGAGGUUAUUCAGCCAAGGAAUUAAACGUUUCUUUUUUAAAUGAAAAGAAAUUCAGAUUGCAAAAUAAAAUGGAUCAACUUAAGGAUAAAGGGAAAAAAGUAAUAGAAAAUAUCGGUGAAAGAAAAUUCGACAUGUUGCAAAAAUGGGAAGAAAAAUCUAGAGAUUUUAUUGAUGCUUUCCUUUUAUUAUUUGGAAGAGAAGGAAGAUUGUCUCAUUUUUGGAAUGAAGGAAAAGAUAGAUUAAUGAGCGCUUUAUCACCGCCAGGUAGUCCCCUUCCCGAUCGUGAGCGUUCUUCCGACAGAGAAAGUUCGACAAGGUUUCUUUUUUUCUAA